AAAUGAUUUGUUAUAUUCGGUCGGUGAUACAGUGGUGAGUGAGUGGAUUGAAGUGCUUUUUUGGACAUCAAGGACUAUUUUCAAAGGACAUCUCCUUGAAUUGAAGGAUGGUGGCCCAUGAUAACAAACCUGCAAGAGUCCCAAAAUGUGCUCGUUGCAGAAAUCAUGGGAUGAUUUCCACAUUGAGGGGACACAAGAAGCAGUGUAUCUAUAAAAAUUGUUCCUGCAAAAAGUGUGGUCUAAUAAAGGAGAGGCAGAGGAUCAUGGCUGCACAGGUGGCUUUGAAACGCCAGCAAGCAGCUGAAGAUGCCAUUGCUCUCCAUCUAGCAUCCAAAGAAAGCGGAACCACCUAUGACUACCUUCCACCAGGUCGAAUUUUCGGCAUGCAAGUCACCUCCCCACAAGCCGAUUCACCUGAUCCAAAAAGCGAUUGUCAAGGGGCUUCAGAUCCGGCAGAAGAGGAGAUCGUAGUGAGUCCAGCUUCGAUAGAGAUGCUGGCGAAACUCUUUCCGAACAAGAAGAGGGCUGUACUGGAACUCGUACUGAAGAGAUGCAACCACGACCUUUUGAAAGCCAUUGAGCACUUCAACCUGAACAACAAGCAAGACUGCGACAGCGAGUCCCAGCACAAUCAAGAAGAGUCUUCUUCGGCUUUCAAACCCGUUGCCAACGUGGGAAAAACUAAGCCCUACAUGCUUCCCCACUCUGGCAGCUUUUCUUUCAUUCCAAGCAGCAAAACGUUUAGUUUGUACCCUUUUUGGCCGCUGUUUAACUCCCAGUUCAAUCCCCAACCUCUAUUGCCGAGUCCUGUUUUGGUUCAGGGCAUUUGUGAGUGCGAUCAGUGUAGGCCUGAUGGUUGGAUACCAGCGGUUGGCAAAACUGAGAUGGCAACUAAGUUCAACGCAAGGCCAGGGUAGAUCGGGCUAGUGGUUUGAGAAUAAGUGCUUGUGUUGAAUGAACUUCAUUAUGUUGUUGUUUCGAAUGUCAAGUUUACGUAAGUAGUUGAAGAGUUUGCAUAGAAUCAUUUCCAUAUAGCAGAUUUUGUAGAGGCUGCUAAAUGCAGAAUUCAUGACAGUAUAUCUUCACUGUGGUGUUUUGAAGUUAGGGUGCUUUCUUUUCCAGCGAACUACAUACAUUACUGAUAAUACGAUCUUGACAACUGAAACUGUUAUAUCAUCCAGGUAUUCUCUAUAUUUCAGUUCUUUGUUCAGUUGUUAAUUAUUGUCUCUCCUGACUUCUUGUUUACUAGAACAAUGUCUUACCUUGGUAUAACUUUCUUGGUGAAUUACUAGCGGUAAUUUAGCAUGUAGUUAUCAUCUUACAGGUUUUCUUGGGUUGCGAAAUCUA